UUGAUAUAUAAACGUGUAAAAAUACAUGUGGUGUGAUUUGACUGUAUUGUAAACAGCUCUGCUAAAUUACAGAGCUGAUUGAAACAUAUCCCAAUGGCUGUGAUCGGACGCUUUCUCACUGUGUUUUCAGUCCCUGAGUGGACUGAGCUGCAACCCCCACUACCUGCAGGACAUUAGCAUCUCUAUGGAGAACGGCUUCAAAGGCCAGGCUGUGAAAGUUUACCUUAGACCUAAAAAUACACAUGCUUAAACAAGUCAUCCUAUACUUAAAACACUCUGAGGACUCUGCAUGUAUUUUUUUAGAGAUUCAACAAGAGGAACUAUUAAUAUGAGCUUUCGUUUCAGAUGUGGUAUAAAGGUUUAGUUAAACCAACAAAAAUAUGAAUGCCCAUGGUAAUCUGCUACAUCCCUAUAACAUCAUUUGAUUUAUAAAUGAGCAGAUUUUUUAUUUAUUUAUUUUUUUACAUUGUGGUAAAUUACUUUUUUCUGUCUUUUAAAAUAUUUUAAAUAGUAAAUUAAUUGUAUAUCGCCUACUUUCUUUAAAUGCUGCACCAUCCCAUAGUUUGAUAUUAUUUUUGAACUUUUCCUUUAUUAACUUUAUCAUGUUUUAUCUGCCAUUGAUAUAGGUUUGUGUUCUGUGCUCUAUUUAAAAUGCAUGCAAAAUAAUACUAAUUAUGAAAAGUACUUUUUCCUGAUCCAGUUGAUGUUUACAACUGGAUUUAAAACUAAUUUACCAACAGAUUCUACCCUUAUGUUAAUCUAGCUAUUUGAUUUCAAUCACAAAACAUUAGCAUAACAGAACCAAUAGUAAUGUUGGCUAACUGUGGUUUAUCCGAUGGCCCAAUCACUGCUCCGAUAGCAGAACGUAUAUCUCUCUAUUCCAGGUUCCUAAUUCACACUUCAUGUUUGGCAUUUGGAAGAGCACAACUUUAGAAGACUUCAACGAGAUUGUUUCCUACAUUGGAGAGUUAUCUUUCUAUUAUAGUUUAAAGAUUUAUCUACCUACAAGAUCCCAAGAUCCUAAGCGCACUGAGCCAUUUCUCAUCUCACUUUUUUUCUUUCCGAAGUAAAAGGAAAAUGAGACCCAAAAGAGUUUCUCCUGAAAAGGAAGCCUUGUACUUCAUUGCUUCGGGGAAAGAUAAAGACACAUUCGAGAAAAAAUUAAUGUGUGAAGAGAAAGGUUUUGGAGUAAUCGCCACAAAACAUAUUGAGCCAGGAGAAUUCCUACUGGAGUAUGUUGGAAGACACAUGGCUGGAUCUGAAGGAGAGACCCUGCUCAAAGACUACUCAGCUGAAGAUGCAGUUUUUUUAUAUUUCUACUCCUUUCAGGGACAAUCUUACUGUGUUGAUGGCAGUAAAGCUACAGAAAAUCUCGGACGAUACAUAAAUGAUGACCACAUCAAGCCAAACAGCAAAAUUAAAAUAAUAAUGGAUGAAAAGAAAAUGCCACAUUUGUGUGUAUUUGCGUUAACAAAAAUCAAGCCAAUCAUACCAAAGAAAAAAUCAUACCAAAGCCUAUGGACUAGUAUGCAGGAGUGAUCCAGCUCUCAGAUUUCAUAAAAAAUAUCUUAAUUUGUGUUCGGAAGA